UUUUUUGAAAAUCAAAUAACUUUAUUAAUCACUAUUGUUCAAAACAUGAAUAAUACAAUCAGGAGGAGAAUCCAACCAAGUACCGCCAGACCCAGAACAAACCUCUCUAGCUAGAAUAUGAGCCGCCUGAUUCGCUGUACGGUGCACAUAUUGGACACUUAUAUUGGUAAAAUCAACCAUCACAUGUCUAAUAUUUCUAAAGAUGAUAUCAUUGUUGUGUAAACCGUCUUCCUGAGCAAGUCCCUGCAAAAUCUGUUUAGCAUCUGAUUCCACGACAGCCCGUUGCCAUCCUUGCUCUAACGCCCACUUGACCGCUUCCUCAAUAGCCAUUGCUUCCGUCGUGCCUGAUGCAUAUCUACCCUUCCGUCAAAUGUUUUUUCCUACAAGAAAAAACCCCAGACUAUCUCAUACCACCAGCCCCAACCCUCUUAUAUCACCUAUAUUUGAGGUAGCGACAUCCACAUUUAUUUUCACCCACCCCUCUUCCGGUGGUUUCCACAUUUCGCUAUGCCUUGCCGAAGUCAGCUCCUGGGGGGCGGAAAUUUGUGCAGCUUUCCAUCCGUCUAGCACGGUUUCGCCACAAGCAAUGACACCUUACAUGUUUGGAUUUAAAAUUUUCCAAACUUUUUCAUUCCGCGCCUUCCAUAAGCUCCAACACAGAUCAUGACAAACUUCCCGAACUCAGCCUUCGUGCUACUGGUUGCCACCGAAGAUGCCCACACCCCAAAGUCGUGGCCUGGAAUCUACAAAAAGCUGCUGCCCCUGUUGUGCCAUACCGACCGAGCAAAGGUGCAGUCUUGAAGGACAUGAAGGGAGCUUUCCUCUUUAUGCCCACAUAUCAAGCAUUUUGGCCAUAACGGAACUCUACGUUGAAUCAACCGUUGUUUACUCGGUAAACAAUCCACACAAGCUUGCCAAAAGAAAUUUUUUACCUUCGGAGGUAUAUCAAGCUUCCAUAUCUUCGUCCAGCCAACAUCUGGCAACGUACUAUGGGUGAUUCGCUUAUAACAAGUGCGGACUGAGUAGACACCCUUGUCGUCAUCCGCCCAAAUGAGUUCGUCCUCUCCUUGUUCUGGCCUCAAUGGAAUGCUUGCUAUGAGGUUUCUUUCUUCCGGUUGAAAAGGAUCAUCUAAUAAGUCGUAGUCCCAACCUAUUCCAUCAUUUAACACGAGGGACUUCACGAAGAUGUCCUCCAGCCCCUCAAUCUCGUUUCAAGCCGGCCUGCAAUCUUUAGAAUAAAAAAGCCAGUUAUCCUUCCAAACUUUUACCGAAUUUGUUAUACAGUACUUGGUACUAAGGAUUUUUUCUUUUGGACUGUUUUCAGUCACAGACCAGACCAGAUCAGACCAGACUUGACUUCCGUAGUUAUAAAAUACACAGAGACCAGACGUUUACCAGACCAGACCAGACCAGAUCAGACCAGACCAGCAAAUUUCAGUCCAAAAGAAAACGUCCUAAACAAAAUUAAAUGAGAAAAGGUGCAAAUAGGCCCAUGAGAAGAUAACUGCGCAGUUAUCUUCAAAAAUUCAUUUGAAUGCCUUCCCGAUUGACGUUUUAGCUGAAAUUUGGUAUGCGUAAACUAGACUUGCUGAGUAAGAUGCUCAAAAAAUUUCAUAAAAAAAUUCCACCGGGAACCACCCCAAAUGACGACGGCCGUACAAAGCCUCUUAAAUAAGGGCUUAUUUGACUUUUUUUUGGUCAGUUUUUAUAGAAUCUUUAUUACAACCAUUCCCAUUUAAGAUCUUUUUAUUCAAAUAUUCAAAAGUUUUCCUCGUUUGCUGACACUACGGCACUAGUGCGCGACUGGAGGACUGAGCCUUUCACAUCGCAGCUGGGACAAACCACAAAACCCUUAAAAGAAAGUCUUAAACCUCGAGCGCUGAACCUCCAGUAAUGCUGUAACUCUCUCUACGAAUGGCUGUUUCCAGCAAUUGUGUAAAGCACAUUGAAUCAUUCGUCAGCUCUUCUAGCUCUCCUGCCCAACAGGCUGCAAGUGUAGAAAAUAUAGCUUCGCUUGUGAAAAAUGACCAGUUAACAUUAGACGGACUGGUUAGGGAGAUGGAUAUGUAUUUGACGACUACAGAUACCAUCAUUCGCUCAAGAGGGAUCCUUCUCCUUGGGCAUGUAUUGGAGGAAUUAUCACUGAAACCUUUAAAAGGUGCUGCUAUACAGAGUUUGACAGGAUUCUUCAUAGAGAGAUUGGUUGAUUGGAAAGCUUUGCAUGGCGCUCUAGUUGGUUGCUUGGCACUAUUGAGAAGGAAACACAUUGUUGGCAAGGUCACAGACAGCCAAGCAAAGGCUGUUGCACAAUCUUUUUUGGAGACUAUGCAAGUGCAAUCUUUGGGACGACAUGAAAGAAAGCUUUGCUUUCAAAUUUUGGAAUGCUUAUUAAACAGCUUUCCAGAUGCAGUCGAACCAAUGGGUGAUGUCCUUGUUUAUGGAAUCUGUGAAUCGAUUGAUGGUGAAAAAGAUCCACAAUGCUUGAUGCUCAUAUUUAGGAUUGUUGAAGCUCUAGCGCGGGUGUUUCCUCAUUCUUGUGGUUCACUAGCAAGUUAUGCCGAAGAUCUUUUUGAGAUUCUUGGGUGUUACUUCCCUAUCCAUUAUACACAUUCAAAAAGCCAGGAUGUUGAUAUAAAGAGGGAGGAGCUCUCACAGGCACUGAUGCUGGCAUUUGCGUCUACACCUUGUUUUGAACCAUAUGUAAUUCCAUUACUUCUUGAGAAACUAUCUUCUGAUUUGCCGUCAACAAAGGUUGAAUCUCUCAAGUUCCUUAGCUACUGCACAUUGAAAUAUGGGGCGGAUAGAAUGCAAAAGCAUUAUGCAGCUCUUUGGUCGGCACUGAAAGAUACAAUAUUUGUCAAACCACAAUCUGCAGUGUUAAUAGAAUCUGGAUUAGUUGAUGGUAUAUAUUUUCAAGAGAGUGAAAUAAUGAUUCAAGCUGUAGAGCUGCUUCAGACAAUUGUUCAGCAAAGUAAUGGUUCUUUCGUAAGUACUAUUCUGGAUGAUGAAGACAUAAAGACAUUUAUAAACUCAUUGAAUGAGUUGAAAGAUCUUGGUAAUGCUUCUCUACAAAACAAACAGAGAUUGCAUGCAGUUGCUUGUAUUCUCUCAACUCCUGCCAGAUCUUGUGUAGCUUCUUGUGAUGCAGUUUUCAAAAGCGUAUUCACUCUCUUAAUGGAUGCAUUAAAAAUUUCUGAUGAUACUGUGUCUAAAGAUAUCAUUCUUACUUGUACAACAUUCAAUUUUGGAGCCUUGUAUCUCUCUGUUGAACUACUGUCAGCAUGCAGACAUUUGGUGUUGUUGAGCUAUGAUGGUAUAGUGCCUUCUCCUGAUUUUCCCAGUAUGCCUUGGUGCGGCAUACUACGUGGCUUCUCUACUUCAUUAAGCGUUUUCUUAAUUUCUCUCCUACACGCACCUGGUGCUGAAAGCUUGCCGAAUGUGUAUAUUUACUAUGCAGUUAAUGGUUUGAAGACUCUUGCUAUGUUUCCGGGAAGCUUCAGUUCAGUGCCAAUGCCUAUUUUUGAGAAUGUUUUGUUAACUUUGAUAUCAGUAAUCACUACUGAUUUUGACAAAACAUUUUUAUCGAGAACUGCAUUGAAAGCUUUAGUAGAUAUUGGUUUGUAUAUUGAUAAGUUCUGUGAAGUUGAGAAAGUUUCAAGCUUUGAAAGUAUUGUCAUGGAAAAACUUGCUUUCCUGAUAUCUUCGGAUGACCAUACCGUGCCUCUGUCUUUCAAACUCCAAGCAAGUUUUGAUAUUGGAGUUACUGGGCUGAAGUAUAUGAAGAAAGUAGUUCAGGAAUUGGACAAGACACUAUCUGACAAAUUGUCUCAUGUAUUUGUCAGUGAGAAUGUGAAGUUGAUCCGGAUGACAAUCUCACUAUUGGACUGCUAUGCUGGGAAGGUCCUUUCAUGGUUUCAUAACAAUGGAGGUUCUGAUGAAGUCCCUUUGAAUCUUGCAUUUGUUAUAUUGGAAAAUAUUGAAACAAGUUUGCGUUCCAGCAUUGGUUUUCAGGAAACUGAACUUCUUGACGCGAUAACGAGAGCGCUGAAACAUGCCGUAGCCAACUGUUCAGAGAGAAACCAGGAGAAAAUUAUUAUAAGAGCUUUUGACUUGAUUUCUUCAGAUUCAUUUGAGGAUUCAAAACCUUGUAUUACAUUAUUCAACUCCAGUGACGGACAACUUACUAGAUUCUUGGAUGAAAUUUCAUGCAGAGAUGAAUGCAUUGCGUCACUUAUUGCCUCAGUCAUAAUAGCUUUACGCCCUCAAAGUCACGUACCAAAUCUUAAACUGUUAUUGGAGUUCUUUUUAAUGAACCUCCUCAGAGGUCACAUUCCAUCAGCUCAGGCAUUGGGGUCUUUGGUUAACAAACUGCCUUUAGAAACCGAUGAAAAAAACAUUAAUCUGGAAGAAGCUAUAGAUGCAUUGUUUAACGAAGAAAUCUGGGAUUCCUGCAAUUUUUACGAUGGAAAUAAGUGCUCUCUUAUGGACAAUGGUGGUUAUAUAAAUUUCAGUAGGCUAAGGUUAAAUGGCCAUUAUGUGUGUUGUACUGCUCAUGCUAUUGUUGGAUUAGCCUGGAUAGGGAAAGGUUUACUUAUGCGUGGUCAUCAAAUGAUAAAAGGCAUUACUAGUUCCUUCUUGAGUUGCAUACUAUUAAAUGGAAAUGGUGGGACCCUUCAAGACUCAGACGCUCUGGUGGAAGACAAUGAAGGGCUAGAAAGGCUGUCUUUGAGGAAAUCCGCCGCUGAUGCAUUUCAUGUUCUUAUGAGUGAUUCUGAAGCUUGUUUGAAUAGAAAAUAUCAUGCUACUAUUCGACCACUUCAUAAGCAACGAUUUUACAGUACGAUGUUGCCUAUAUUAUUAUCAUCAAUUUUGGAAUGUGAUUCACCAACUACACGAUCCUUACUGUACAGAGCUUUCUCACAUUUGAUCACUGGUGCUCCUCUCACCGCUGUUGUUAAUGAUUCCCGAAAGGUUGUCCCUGUGCUACUAGAUUGCCUAUUAAUGUUGCAAGAUGAUGAACAUGAUAAAGAUAUCAUCUUCAGUGUCUUAUUAGUCCUAUCUGGAGUAUUGAUGGAUAAAGUUGGACAAGAGGCUGUCAAUGAAAACGCUCAUCUUGUUGUCCACCAACUUGCUAAACUCGUUUCAUAUCCUCAUAUGAUGGUAGUCCGUGAAACAGCAAUUCAGUGUCUUAUGGCCUUGUCAGGUCUACCCCAAUCGAGAAUAUAUCCCUUCAGAAAAGAGGUUUUGCAAGCUAUAUCAAAAGCAGUUGAUGAUCCAAAGAGAGCUGUUCGGCAAGAAGCUGUCAGAUGUCGGCAUACAUGGUCAGCAGUCAUGGGUCGAUAGCUGCAUUGGAAAACUAUACUAGAGCUUAAAGCGUAUAUUAUACAUAUGAAUACCAUUAUACUAGAGCUUCUCUUUACAAGACUACAAGCAAGUAUGGUGUUAAAUUUUUUAUAAAUGUUUGAGUUUAUUGUUUCCAAUAGAUAGUUUGUAAUACCGUAACUAGUAUCGUGACCUCAUUUGCUUUAAUCUAUUUAUAGUUUAUGAUGUACACAGAUUCGUCCAUUCCUCGACUGAAUUUCUGUUUGUUUUUUGCACUCUUAUUUUUCAAAUGCAA